UGAUGUUAUGGUUUUUGUGUGUAGUGUUUUGUCCUUGUGAAAUCUGUGAAAAUUUUCAGGAUUAAAUCCGUGAUGUGUAAAGUUUCGUAUUGCACAUUCCUUAACUUAAUAAUCACUGAUCUUUGAAUUCUUUUUGUAAUUUUGAUAAUCUCUUUAGGUGUUUAAAGUUUGUAAAUUGCAAACCCGAAAUGGACCAUUUUCUGUUGGAUCCCUAUGAGCAGCAACUACUAAAAGUAUUUGAUAGUCAUGACAGAGGUAGCAGUGGUAGUCUGGAUUGGGAAGGCCUUACUCAGUUAUGUCAGACACUACAACUUGAAGAUCAAACUUCUGAAUUAAUUCGAUGCCUUCUUAAAGACAAACAGUCUCGAGUUACUUUUAUAGAAUUCAAAGAUGCCUUGCUUGCCCUGCUCGGCAACAUGCAAAACAAUAAAAGCCAUGAGAGUCCUAAAAAGGAAGUCGGCAAGAGUUCUCCUGAUAGAGAAGUUUCACCAAAAUUCGUUUAUGGAACAAAGAAAUAUGGAAGGCGUAGUAGGCCUAGGUCUGACGAAGUUACCCCUAUUUUUAGUGAAGAAAAUGAUUUGUCUCAAAGCAAAAGUUUAUUAGUCCAACGGUCAAAUUCUCAGAGUGAAGUUUCCACUAAAAAACGGAAAACAAAUUAUAAAUUAAAACGCUGUACUUCUUUGCCAGGCUGCAAAGAUUUAGAUACAUCAGAGAGAGAUUUUAUAACAUCUAAUUUGGUGAGUGAACCAGAGUUGGUGUGCACAGAAGAAAUGCUUAGGGAGGCAUGGAAAAAACUGGGAGUUGGAGAGGAUGGUUAUUUAAAUAAGAGUGAGCUAGUUUCAGUGUGUGAUGCGAUUGGUUUACAUAAGUUAGCUGAUGGUGUACUGCGGCAACUAUCUGACAAAGUUUCUCUCAAUUAUGAUCAGAAAAUCAGUUUUAAUGAUGUCCUCGGAGCUAUACAGCAAGAUGAGACCUGGUUUGAUGUUCUUAAUGAAACAACAAAUAAUAAUGAGGCAGUGAAUGUAAGAUGUUCGACUGAGGAAUUGUUUCCUGACUCAAGAACAUUCCAUUAUAUCACUUUAGGGCCAGACGGUAAUGGUAUAAUCAAAGCAGAUAUACUGAUUGAGAUGUGGGAAAAUGUGGGCAUCCAUUCACCAAAGGAACUUAUUCAUGAACUUGGAUUUAACACACGAAAGAUCAGCAUUUUUGACUUGGCUGACGUUUUAGAAAAACAAACUCGGGCUAUAAAUGAAAGCACCCGUAGCCAGUACCAGAAUCCACAUGUGACCUUGCUUCAGGCUAAUUUAUGUCUGUAUCAGUCGGAAAUAAGGUGUUUAAAGAGUAUUCUGGAACAGUUACAGGCAGAGCGUGAAAAAUUAAAAUGUGAUGUAGUAGAAGCUAACAACAGAGCCACUUUACUAGCCCAAGAGGUAGAUGACAAUCACUCCAAAAUGGAGCAAAGCGCUAUCAAUCAGGUUAGACUAUUGGAGCAGCGUCACGCCCACAUGCUUAAAGAUAUAACUUCACAAUUUGCCAGGGACAAAGAUCAGCUGACAUCAAUAAAUCAGUCCCUGGAAGAGCGCAUCUUGUCUCUUGAAAUGGAAACCGCAAAGCUUAAAAACGACCUGUGCAUAGCCCAAAAAUAUUCCCUAAAUGUGGAAAAAGAGAACCACAUGCUAUCCUUUCAAAUAACUGAUCUACAGAAGGAUAAAGAAAUGCUGACGUGUCAAAUAGAAAUGCUGGAAACUGAAAAGCAGACUGUUCGAGAUGAAGAGAGGGAAGAGAAUGAGAUACUGUUAGCCAAAUUGUCGGAGUUACAACUGAAGAACUCCGAAUUAAAAGACAAGAAUGACGAGAUGGAAUCCGAGAUUGAGACUCUUACUAAUCAGGUGAUGAGCAUGAAAUCAAAAGCCUCCAGCACUCCGACAAGAAGUUAUAACACUCUUGAUCAGUCGAUGGACGACAGCAUCUUGGUAACCUGUGAAGGAGUCGGAGUGGGAUCUAAGAGACGAAGCGAUUGUUCUCCUAGCAAGGACGUUCAUCUUUUGAGGAUGACCGAUGGAAGCCCGCGGCUCGGCAAACUUCGUAAAUUCUGCAAGCCGAAGAUGCCGGAGAGCAACCUAGAGGUGUCGCCUUCUAGCGGCGAGAGUGGCUUUGACACGGAACCCGACUCGUUGUCGACUUCCACUUGCGACAAUAACGAAGCCGAGAUCAGCAGGUUACACGCGAAAAUUAUCUUCCUCGAGCAGGUACUGGUCCAGCACAACAUCCCCGUGCCCAGUUACGAGGAAACUGAAACGAAUACCGAAUAUAUCAUGCAACUAACCGGAAGAGUGAAAGAAUUGGAAACAAUAAUCGAAAAUGCAAGAAAAGAAAUUGAUAAUAUGAUCAACAAGGACUGUGUCAAAUGCGACAGACUAAAAGAAUUGUGCCAGAGAUUGGAACAAACAGCUAUUGACAGGCUUCAAAAUACUAAUCUAAAAGAGAAAGAGGUUUUCGAUCAAUCUAUCCAAACAGAUUUCGAUAUAACAUUUGUAGAAGAAAGGGUAAAAAUUAUGGAAGAUGAGAAUCGAGUUCUCCGCGAAAAAUGUACUGAAUUAGAGGAUUGUAUUGAACUUUUAAAGAAUGAAUAUGAAAAAUGCGAAGACUAUUGGCAAAAUAAGGUCGAUGAAGAGAGACAGUUCUUCGAAAUCGAACAGAAAAUAAGCGGGGAAAAGCUAAAUGAAGUGCUGAUCAAAAUGAAAGAGUAUGAAGAACAGUAUGCAAACCAAGAUAUGAUAGAUAAUCGAUUGCCGCCUAUCAUAGAAGCGGAAUCGCUCGAGAAACAAUUCACCGAUCUGGAGCAAGAGUUUGAGACUUACAAAAUCUACCAUGAGGUCGAAAUGUUCAAGAAAGACGAAGAGAUCAAAAUCUUGAAGGAGAAACUAACAGAAUUAGCUGUGAAACAGAAGGAAGCUGCCGAAGCGUCGGUACAGACCCAUUUCAAUUUAGAACAAGAUCGGGUGAAUAACAAAAUGAAGAAACUGUCAAUUGUAGUGGAAACUAUGAGCCGGCUCCCUGAAGAAAUGGUCGCUCAAGACAGUAACGAUAUUUGGGACAGACAAAGUACACAAACGACUAAGUCGGAGGCCGAAUGUUCUACGGCUAGCUCGCUACCAGCCGCUUGGAAUGUUACUAUAGAAACCUCAAGGCAGAACAACUCGCUGGGUGUGGUGCCUUCGACAUCGUCGAGCCAAAAUUCGACACCUUGCCGACCGAAACGCAGUAGGAAACACGAAAAGAACAUUUACAAGAAAAAUAGUCAAGAGAAGAACGCGAGAAAGUCGGAAGUUACUAGGCAUCAGCAGCAUCCUAUGGAAUCGAAAGUGUUGCAAGGCCAGGAGAAUAGCGAACAGACAGUCGCGGUGGCCGUCAGCACCUUUAAUCACCUGCUGAGCAGAAACCAUUACUUGGAACUCAGGCUUAGACAUUUGCAGAUGUGUAUGAAACAGCAGCAUUUCCGGAAUGAACACACCUUGCAAUCUUAUUGGCAUAUGUUCAGAGGUGAGAAAUCUGAUUUGGAAGCAAAACUUCAGUAUUGUCAAGAGAAACUCAAUGAGCAAAUGCGAAUAUGUAGCGAACAGCUGGAUCGGUUGCACAAAAAUGACCUUUUUGUUAAAGACUUGUAUGUGGAAAACACUUACUUGUUUGCUCACGUGGAAAGGCUUGAACAGCAGUGUCGAACGUUAGCACAGGCUAAUGCCACUUCGAAUUCCAUGUGAAGUCGUAUGUGAAUAUCUCCUAAUCUCUGGGUCUCUAAACUCAUCAAUGACUGUGCAAUGGAUUUAUCCUUCUUGCUGAAUAAUUGUCCCUCAGUUCCAAAGAAAUUGUUACUUAAUGUGUAUUUGAGUAAAGGGGCUUAAACUGAAUAGUUCAAGCCUUUUGAUAUGACUUAGUUUUUGACAAAGGAGCAACUCUAAGCAAAUAUAUGGCGAUACUGGUAAAGCAUUUGAACUACCAAUGGUGCCUGUGAUUCUAUAUCAUGUUUGGGAGAGAUUUCGAUCUAACCAGGAAUAUCCAUUUGUUAGUGGUUCAAACGCGUUUUCGAUGCAGUAAAUCCUUAGAUAAUAUCUAUAGAUAAAUAAAUAGCAGUACAAAACCAGCUCUAGAUUUGUAACACUUGUAAAUAUGUUAUAUUUGGGAGUGUAAGAUAGUCAACUUGCAUAUUUGUAAUUAUAUAUAUAGUAGUUUCUAUAAAAAUUACAAAAAUAUUUGACCGCCAUGUUUGUGCAGAUAAAUUGGAAGUUGGAUGGCACAUAUCAGCUUUAUUCGGUUGCUAUCGAUUUGUUGUUUGUUUAAAUGAUUGUGAGUAGAUCUGUUUUUUACAAAUUGUGAAUAUCGAAUCGGGCGAUUUGAUCCAAAAGUUCCCAAUUUUUGUUUUAGUAUUUUGUUGAUAUUAGUUUAAGUUUCUUUUGUAAUGUGUCAUAUACCGCUUAGUGACUUUAAAUAAAGAUUGUUUUUUAUUACUUCAUUUGAUCCUCAGUU